UUCAAACCACAAGAUUGGUCACCAGAAGAGCGCAGAGUUUAUGAGCAAUUGCGACAACAGGAUUGCGGGGUCCUCUCGAAUCUUAUUCCCGCCCAAAGACUUCGCCGAAGGAUCACCGGUGGCAGAAAGUCUUCCCUACUGUCCCAACCUUGGAUGGCAUUUCUCUAUAUGCCAAGCGAUUUGGAGAUGUGUCGCUGUGGAGGCGCCCUUAUCUCAGAAAGCUUUGUUCUAACUGCCGCUCAUUGCAUUAAAUUGUGUCCACGGUCCACAGAAUUAAAAAUACGACUGGGUGAACACGACUUAGCUUCUCCAUUGGACUGCGCCACCUACAAUAAUGAAAGCGCUUGUGCCCCACCUGUGGAAGAAUUUACUAUAGAAAAGUCGAUAAUUCACGAGGAAUUUAAUCCCUUCUCACCUUGGUUCGAUGUUGCCCUGCUGCGACUAAACAGGAAUGUGGAAUUUAAAGAUCACAUCCGACCCAUUUGUCUUCCUCUAACCGACGAACUCCUGGCGUUCACCUCGGUUAUGGGGCAAUCCUACAUUGCGGUUGGCUGGGGAAAAACGGAGGAUCGGCGUUUUGCCAACAGUACAAUGGAGGUCCAUAUAAGUACUGAGAGAUGCUCAGGCGGCCGGGACAGUUCGUUCUUGUGCGCCAGCGGAGACAUUGUGGACACCUGUACCGGGGACUCAGGUGGUCCUCUCACCUGGAGGAAUCUUUAUUUUGGCAAGGUUCGAACGGUACAAUUUGGAGUGGUCAGCCUAGGGAGUGCAGACUGUGGAAUUGGUCAGAAGGCCUAUUACAUGGACGUUCCUACUUUUAUGCCUUGGAUAAUCCGAAAGCUUGCAGAAUUUUCCAACUUGGUUUAGGUGGCGGUUGAAGUAUGAAAUAUCAAUACUCUGACUCAAAUUCUAUGUAAUAUAUAUUUCUGAUUUAUAGAAAUAAAAAUGUGCAAUAGAGAUUGUUGAAGAUUAA